AUGAGCAUUCAAUUCAAUAUGACUAAUGCUCAAGAGUUGGGGCAAGAGGGGUUUGUCUGGGGCAUAUCAAAUUCUGAUGAUUCCGGAGGCGAUUGCCGAAGAAUCGAAAAGCAACCGCCUCUAUCGCAACCUUCUCAGUCGUUCGAAAUUCCAAUUUCGACAUCUAAGAAGAUUGCAAAAGGAAAAAGGAAAGCUAAAAAAAAUGGUAAAAAUAUUGUAGAAGAAUCACCCGAUCAUGAAAUACAUAUAUGGACCGAGAGAGAACGGAGGAAGAAGAUGAGAGACAUGUUCUCUAAACUUCAUGCUUUGCUUCCCCAACUUCCUCCUAAGGCAGACAAAUCAACAAUAGUAGAUGAAGCAGUGAGCUCAAUCAAAUCUCUUGAACAUACUUUACAAAAACUCCAAAUGCAAAAGCUUGAGAAACUUCACUGUUCUUCUGCUUCAAACACAACUCCCACUACAACUAUCACUUAUGAUCCAUCUUCAUCUUCUUCUCCUACAACGCUCCUCACACCAAUCUCAAACAAUCCCCAAGUCCUUCCCUUAGGCGCCACGGUAGCGGAGUCUAACUCCCGGGAAGCUUUCUUGGCUGAUCAGAUAUCUUCUUCCAGUACAAACCUGCCUUUCCCUUGUAAUGACCCGAUCUCGGCGUUUGAUACUUGGUCCUCACGUAACGUUGUGCUGAAUAUCUGUGGGAAUGAAGCUUCCUUCAAUUUGUGUUGCCCUAAGGAGAAAUCAGGGGUUUUCACAACUGUUUGUUACUUGUUUGAGAAGUAUAACAUUGAAGUUUUGUUUGCUAAUGUCUCCUCCAACGUUUUCCGGAGCACCUACAUGAUCCAAGCACAGGUUAAUCAGAGUUAUGAGAAUCAGUUAUUGGGAGAUGGAUUUGGAGUAGGGGAAAUCUUCAAGCAAGCUGCUCAAGAACUAGUCUUGUAUUUUUCAUCUCCUUGA